AAUAAAAAAUUAAAUAUUGCACUAUUAAAUUUCAGAAUAGAUACCUAAAUAAAAAAGAAAGCUCAAAAAUAACUAGCUCUUUACUAAUAACCGAAAAUAUAAGCCAACUUAUUUACCAUAAUCAUGAGUUAAGAGCAAUUAACUCCUGCUUAAAAUGAUAAUGAAUUGUUUGAUGGAGAGGAGUCUAAUGAAUAGAACUAAAAAAAUUUGUAAAAAUUAGAUUAUCAUAUUGAAAAUUAAUAAUAAGCUAUGAACAUAGAAGAAUAUGAUAAUAAAGAAAAAUAAAACACAGAACCUAGCAACUAAUAUUCUACUAUUAUCAGUGAUAAUAUAUAAACAUAUUACACAAAUUAAAAUCCUAGUGAAUUUAAUAACCCCUUUGAAAAUGAUCAAGAAAAUGAAGAAUUUGAUGGUUAGAACAACUAAUUGAUUACUUAUGAAGAGAUAGAAGGAAGUGAUCAAUAUUCAAGCUGCUCUACUUAAAAAUUGUAAGAUGAAAGCAAUUCUAAUUCAGAUUAAGAAUCUUCUUACGGAUCCUAAACUAUAUUAUAAUCUUAAUAAUAUUUUUAAAAGGAAGAGAGCUAAAGUAAUGAUGAAUCAUAAAAUAUGUCUGAAGAUGCUAAACUUGAGGAUGAAGAAAAUAAAUUUAAGGAUGUAUUUAAUAGUAUAGUGGGCAAAUAUAGAAAUUUCGUAAGUAAGGAUAAACUUUAUUAUGAAUAAAAAAUAAUGUGUCCAUAAAUAGAUUAUUAAUUCAAAGAAGAAGUAUAAAAUUAUUUUAAUUAAAUUGAUGAUGACUUUUACUUAUGUAAUGGAAGCAUAAAUGAUCACUCAAGUAGUUUUUACAAUAUUUACUGGUUAUAUAGGAGCAACAGUAUUGUUGAUAACUAAAAAUCGUUAGCCUAUUUCUUAAAAUAACUAAAAAUGCACGAUAUAUAUAACUAAGAAAAUGACGAAGGAAUGUUUAUCUAUGAGUUGUAUUACUCAUUUUUAAAUGAAUGUAAUGAAGAUUCUGAAAGCAAAUAAAAGAAUUUUGAUUUAUCUGAAUGA